CCUAAUUCAAAGGAACGUCUUGGAUAAGUGGUAUUUUUGAAAUCAGGUGUUCCAGGAUAGAAUUCGACACUCUAUCAGAAUAACUGAUGGCCAAUAGGUGCCUGCAAUCUCAGUUCCAUAGAUAAAAAGGAAAAUCUCUUUUUCCUCUAUCUCUGAUUAUAAAGCCGAGAAAGUUAUGAACUGGGUGCUUCAAAUUUUCAGGAAUUCUUAGAAGUAUGGACUUCUUUUCCCCCCAAGGAUUAUUUUAAUGUUCUUUGAGCAGAAGUGAUUAUUAAAUUGAUGCUAUUCAUAUUGGAAUCACCACUGCAUUUCUAUGAAUUCGUAUAUUGAUGAAAUCAGGUGAACAGUAAAAAAUAAAGGUCCUGAAUAUCAAUACAUCUUGGAAUGAUCAAACAAGAUGACAUGCAGAGGUCACACUCUUAAAAAAACUACAGAGGUGCCAAAAUUAGCCAUCAAUUGAUGAGCCAAAUUUUUUUCAAGUGUGUGCUUCCCUUGUGCUAAUCUCUUAAUCCGGAGAUAUGAUCAACAUUAAUCUUCAGGAAGAGAGGCUGAAAGAAUAACAUGGAAGUUUAAACUGUAUUGCCCCUUCUACAAUUUGUUUCCUCUGUAUUGGACCAGUCUGAUAAAUGAUCGACUGCGUACAGGUAGACUGCAUUGAUGGAAUAGAUUGCUACUCUGUGUUGUGCUACUGUUGAGAGAGGACCACAAUUACAUGUACUCCCUAUGAUUCAUGGACUUCAAAUGAAUAUACACUCAAGUCUAAGAGUGUCUUUGUAGAUCAGGGAAAAAAAAGUUAUAAAAGUCAGAAGGAAAAGUUAUCCCUUAAUGUGAGGAAAAUUGAUUUGUUGGAGAAAUAUUUUCAGCUCUGAAACUGGACAUCACUGAAAAUCAGGAAUUAUUACACAAAAAAAAUUCUGAAUUAUUUUAGUUCUUUCACUGAUGGGGAAAAAAAGGUUAUAAAGUUGUUCAUCAAUUGAGCUGAAUUAAGGAAAUAUCUCAUUUGAAAUUCAAAGAGGAACAAAUUUUUUUAAAUGCCGAUUGGGAAUGUACCCGCAUAUGACAACAUCACAUUUACCCAUGGAAUGUUUGUGCUGGAAAACACCAGUUUUAAUCACAGGACCCACGGCUGUCAACUUGAUGCAGGAGGACUCAAUGAAACGGUCAACUGUACCAGUAUUCUAUCUGUUGAAGAUGACGGUCAAAGGGGAUACAACUGGCCAAUUCUGCUCCUGACCCCUCUGAUUUUUUUUGGAGUGGGAGGGAAUAUUUUAGUGUGCAUGGCCAUUUCUAUGGAAAAACGUUUACAAACGGUGACGAAUUAUUUCCUUCUCUCCCUUGCCAUUACGGACCUCUCUGUCUGUAUUAUUGUGAUGCCAUUCACAGUGGUAAAUGAUUUCACAGGGUACUGGUUUUUUGGACCAAUCAUCUGUAAUUUGUACGUCACUGCGGAUGUUUUUAUGUGUACAGCCUCCAUCCUCCAUCUUUGUACGAUAUCACUGGAUCGCUACAUGGCAAUCAAAUCACCUCUAAAAUCUAGAAACAUCUCCAAAUCGGUUGUUAUCAUCAAACUAGCAAUAGUGUGGGUCACUUCUCUGGCCAUUUCUAGUCCAAUUACCAUAUUAGGUUUCAUUAAUGAGAGUAACGUGUACUCUAAUCACCACUGUGCGUUAUCCAAUGGUAAUUUUAAAAUUUAUGGAUCUGUAUGCGCUUUCUUCAUUCCAUUAUUUAUCAUGGUUUUUUCCUACGGGUUGACACUGUAUACCUUGAUAAGCCAAUCACACAAGCUUCAUGCUCAAGGAAAAGAAAACGAAGAGCCUGUUAUAAGAAGGUCUUUGAGCAGAAAGCCAUUAAAACAUGGGACCAGGGUACGAUUUCAGACUAGAAAACAGAACAGAAGUCAUAAUAGAGAAGAGACAGAGGAGCAGUUGUACACACCUAUCAUCAAUCGUAAAUCCAACCCCAAAUCAUCCAUACAUUCAAGUGUAGAGAACAUUUCAGAGACAUCUAGUCCCAGAGGCAUAGGUGCCUCAUCUCCUUUAAUGGACAACCAGCAACUCCAAUCCCCCAAAAAUCUCAUGAAAAACUUAGACAUGUCAGACUCCAAUUGUCACUUAAAUCUUGACCAAAGCCCAGGUGAUAAGUCCAAAAAGGUAAAGCCAUGGACAAGAUCAAGACUAAUUCUACCAAACGGUCACACAAGCAACCUAAGGGGACUUGUCAAAAAGCAUCAACUGGUUUUAAAGGCCACCAACAUCUUACUUUUAAAAAAAGCUCACAUAAAAAAAUUAGAUGAUGUUCACACUGAGCAGAAGGCUUCUAAAGUGAUUGGAAUUGUGUUUAUCAUAUUUGUUGUGUGCUGGGCACCAUUCUUUGUUCUCAACAUUAUGACCCCACUCUGUGAGGACUGCAGCUUUGAGCCUGCAUUGUAUGCAUCCUUCAACUGGCUGGGGUUCAUUUCCAGCACCCUGAACCCCAUCAUUUACACAAUGUUCAACAAGACCUUCAAAAUGACCUUCAAGAAACUUCUGUUGUGUCGCUACGACCGUAUCCAACGUAAACAGAGAGUGCGAAGUUGGAUUCUUAGCAACGGUUCUCUUUACCACAAUGGCUCAGACUCUAAUAAUAGCAUUGACAAGUUUGAAACACCAUGUUAAUUUUCACCAUGUAAUAAGACAUGACCUUGACAUAUGAUGAGGAGGAAUAUCAGAAUAUGGUGUCAUGUAGAACCUGCAGAAGGAUACAUACUGCACACAAAACAGGAUUUUCAAUUUUUUUUUUUUUAAUUUUCAAAUCUGUUUGUUUUUAAAUGAAUGAUAUUGUACAAUAACCAAGCAUCAAAUUUUUAAAUGUUCAGUUGAAUUUUUUUUCAAAUAGUCUCACUCCAUAACAAACAGACCUGCAUCAAUUAUUGACUUCAACUCUGCUUAACUGUGAACUUCAAUACUACUUAAAAGGCAUACCGUUAUUAAUUGAUAUUUUAAGCUGUGAUACACUGAAAACAUCAUUGAUUUUGAUAUUAUAUUUAUUUUGCAUGUCUCAUUGUAAUCAGAACGCUAUUACAUUAAA